UGAUGAAACUAAGAAACAUAUUCUCUUUGAUUUUCGGCAAAUGAGCAUCGUUUUCUGUAAACCAGUAAAAUACGCAAAAUGAACGUACUCCUCGUUGCGUUUGAAAUUCUUUUCAUCUUUAAUUCGAUUCCCAUUGGGACGCUUCAAAUAAUUCCAUCUAAGCGAACAUGUGUAAUGCAAGGAACAUUUGAAAUCGUGGAUGGAACGUGUGCUAAUUAUUAUAUAUGUGUUUUUAACGGAGUUGAAUUCAUAUCAUACGAUAUGUCGUGCGCACCUACGAUGCUAUUUGAUCCCUCGCUAAAAUAUUGCACAUCGUCUACGAAUUAUGUCUGUAAGCAAAUUGCACCAUUGACGUCAAGUUCCACGUCAAGUUCCACGUCAAGUUCGACAUCAAGUACGACGCCAAGUACGACGCCAAGUACGACGCCAGUUCCUAAAUGCGUUACAAGUGGUAGAUUUCCAAAAGCAGAUUGUCAGCAAUAUUAUUUCUGUUACGUGAAUGGUGCAACGAUCAUCAAAUAUGAUCUUAAGUGCCCAAACGGUUUACAAUUUAACCGUGUAACGCAAAAAUGUGUAUUACCUUGUCCAGAUCCUAAGACAUGUCCACCUUGUGUAUAAUCUAAAUAAAUUUUCUUGAAAUAGAUUAUAAAUCUCUUAAAGAUAUUUUCAAUAUAUUGUUCGACUAUGUUCUCAUUAAAGUUACAUCAUAGAUAAUAAAACUAUCGUAUGUAUAUGUGAGAUUAAAUAUUGUGAAACAAAAAAUUUUCUGAAAUGUAAAAACGUAUUGAAUAAUUCACCAUGAUACUCGUUUGAACAUGUAUCUAAGUUUUAGAUGAGAAUAAUAUAAAGUUUUGACAUAGAUACGAUAUAGAUACAAGAAUGUUAUAUAUCAUGAGAUAUUCAAUAUGUAUAUAUGUACAUUAUAUUUUACUUAUCUUAUUUCAAAAAGAAUUCUAAUUACUUCAUCUACUAAUACAAAUAGAAGAUAUAGGAUAUCGCUUAUAACGUACUAUGGAACUACAGUUCUAUGAUGGUGAUUCUAUGUGUAAAAAAUGAGUCAGUAAUGUAGAAUACAAUCUUUUUGUACAAACAAACGAAUUACGUCCGAUGAAUAGAGUAAACGAACAACGAAAAAGAAAAACAAGAAAAUGUACGAAAAGAGCAAACAGAUGUCUAAAGUCUUAUUUCUGCGAACAAAUAUAUCGAUCAACUCCAUCGAUCUUUACAAAUGUAUUAAAAGUAAUGCUUAAAAUUAACGAUACAACUUAAAGCUGGGACUUAAAAUUCA